AGAGAGGGAAAUAGAGGAUCCUUGGAAGCUUCAGGUUUGAUUUAAGUCAGCUAUCAUGUUAUUAAACGGUCUUAGCUAAAGCUAAACAGAGAAAACGACAUUAUACGCAGCUUGUGCUCAGGCUGAUGAUGACACUGGUCGAAGUGUCGCUUUAAACACACGUUAAAAGCAUCGUUUCGGGACUAACAAAUAUGAUGGAGGAUUUCUCUGGCUUGGCUCUGCCUCCUCUAUUCGGAGGUCACAUCCUGGAAGCAGAACUGGAGCCUGGUGGUGUGGAGCUGGGACCGGGAGAGGUAGAGCUGGGAGGCACCGAGCUGCUUGAGAGCACAACACAAGAAGAUGAAGAAAAAAGAGCUCUUGACAAAAGGAAAUAUCUGGCUCUGAGCAGGAAAUGUAAAGAAAUUGAACAGGUAAAUCAGAAGAUUCUGGGUCGCCUUCACCAAGUACAAAGAAUUACUCGACGUCUGAAGAAAGAAAGGAGAUUCCUCAUGAAGACCUUAGAUGCUCACGGGGAUGACUACAGAAACGCUCAGCUCACUAUACUGCUUGAGGAUGAAUCUGGAGCCCAUUUGGAGCCGGCUGCUGCAGCGGAAGAUGAAAAGCUCAACGGUGUUUCCGGUUCCACUCCAUCUGCAGCAUCACAUCACGUGGCUGGGACAAAGAAAAAGAGGCAUCGAAUUCCUCGUCAAGAAAAGGAUAAAGAGCCACAGAUCGACCCGGAGAUGUCGGCAUUGGCAGAGACACAGUUUGGAGAAAUGUCCAGCCCGACCUCGCUGUCUCAUUGAUCAAACCACUGUCCUGGAUAUCACGACGAUGGUGACUAGAAUAAGAGCGCCCAGUUUCCAGGACUGUUCAAAACACUGCCUUACUUGAGUUAACCUUUGUAAUGUUGUGGUUUCACUUGAAUAUUGUGAACAGAUUGAAUUCCUGUAAAACGAGAUGUUAUUCACCUUA